GCGGGGUGCGGCCAUAAAGUAAUGGGCUAAGAGCACUGACCUCAACUUCCAAAAAUAACUGGGGAAGCCUGCCCACAAAAUAAAAGUCAACUGUUGCAAAACCGAGUCCAAUCCAAACCAACCCAAGAGAAAAGUUAAAUUCACAGCCAGCAGCCGACCAAGUGCCAUCCAUCCACGGAAACACCAAAACAGAGAACAUAUAGCAGUAUUGCAAUCUUACAAUCUUUCUCCAAAGAUGCAGGAGCAAGAAAAUCUCUUGACUGAAACCGAAAUUCACUACUGGGGCAAAACCCCAGAAGAAGAGUACUACAAGCAACAAGGAAUCAGAGCUUCACAUUCAUUUUACACCUCACCGAGAGGCCUCUCUCUCUUCACCAGAUCAUGGCUCUCCAGCUCCACAACCCCUCCUCGUGGCAUCCUCUGUAUGGUCCAUGGCUACGGCAAUGACAUCAGCUGGACGUUUCAGUCCACAGCUAUCUUCCUUGCCCAGAAGGGUUUUGCCUGCUUUGGUAUUGACAUUGAAGGCCACGGCAGAUCUCAAGGCCUCAAAGCCUAUGUUCCAAACGUAGAUCUCGUUGUUCAAGAUUGCAAUUUUUUCUUCAAUUCUAUAAAGCAAGAUCCACAAUUUCAUGGGUUGCCUUCAUUUUUGUAUGGUGAGUCAAUGGGCGGCGCUAUUUGCCUUCUUAUUCAUCUAGCAAACCCUAGAGGGUUCGACGGAGCGAUAUUGGUCGCACCAAUGUGUAAAAUCUCUGAGGCAAUGAAACCCAGAUGGCCAAUUCCUGAGAUUUUGUCAUUUGUUGCAAAAUUUUUUCCAACUUGGGCAAUUGUACCAACGGCAGAUGUUUUAUCCAAGUCAAUCAAAGUAGAGAAAAAGAAGCCGAUUGGAGAAAUGAAUCCAAUGAGAUAUAGGGGAAAACCAAGAUUGGGUACUGUUGUUGAGCUGUUGAGAGUCACCGAUUAUCUGAGUCAAAGAUUAUGUGAUGUUAGCAUUCCUUUUAUGGUGUUACAUGGCAACGCUGAUGUUGUUACUGAUCCAAAUGUUAGCAGAGCUCUGUAUGAAGAGUCACAGAGCAAUGACAAGACAAUCAAGAUAUAUGAUGGUAUGAUGCAUUCUUUGCUGUUUGGGGAGACAGAUGAAAAUAUUCAAAUUGUUCGCAAUGACAUUUCGUCCUGGUUGAAUUGUAGAUGUUAAAUGGGGAAAAUUGUCUGUAACUUGAGAAACUUUACGAGUCUAAUUCCAAACAUCAAUCAGAGACUUGUAAAAGAAUUCCUUUUCCUAAUAGAUGUAAACUUAUGAUAGCAAUUUCCUUUCAUUCUUAUGUUGAUCAGGUAAGUGUUUGUUUAAUCGACUUUCAUAGUAGAAUUCUGAGGCGUAUUACCCUGUGUAGUUUGGCAAAUGGGGACCUGAACUUCAGCUCUGCCUGAUAGAAUAGAAUAAAAAUACCAUGUAAAAAUCACAUUGA